AUGAAGCACUCCUGCAGUGAGACCAUGAAGCACUCCUGCAUUGGGACCAUGAAGCACUCCUGCUGUGGGACCAUGAAGCACUCCUGCUGUGUGACCAUGAAGCACUCCUGCAGUGGGACCAUGAAGCAUUCUUGCUGUGGGACCAUGAAGCACUACUGCAGUGGGACCAUGAAGCACUCCUGCAGUGGGACCAUGAAGCAUUCUUGCUGUGGGACCAUGAAGCACUACUGCAGUGGGACCAUGAAGCACUCCUGCUGUGUGACCAUGAAGCACUCCUGCAGUGGGACCAUGAAGCACUACUGCAGUGGGACCAUGAAGCACUCCUGCAAUGGGACUAUGUAG